CUCUUCAAUACACAUAUGCCUCAAUACAUGGUUGUUACGAAAUUGCAGUGACGGCGGCGUAAUUUUGACCGGAAUUAUGUACAAAGGAUCGUCGAAACGUGGCGGUAGAGGAGGAACCGGUGGUGGUAGCGGUGGACCGUCCCGUAACCGUAAUUCAUUCCCUCCUCCUUCAAACCGACAUCCUUCUCCUGUCGGGAGGAUGUCUUCUGGUGGUGGUGGUGGUGGCUCCGCCGCUCCACGCCAGCGGAGUAAUUCUACUAGCGUUAAGGCGGCUGCGGCGACUACGGUGUCGUCACGGACGGUUGAGGAAACGUUUAAUCUUGUUCCGAGGGAGAGUUCUUCGGCUUUUGGAAUGAUUAUAAAGUUAGCUCCUGAUUUGGUGGAGGAGAUCAAGCGUGUUGAGGCACAAGGUGGAGCUGCGAAGAUCAAGUUCGAUGCGUAUCCUAACAAUAGCACUGGGAAUAUAAUUAAUGUUGGUGGAAAGGAGUUCAGAUUUACUUGGUCUAGGGAGCGUGGUGAUUUAUGUGAUAUAUAUGAAGAACAUCAAAGUGGUGAAGAUGGAAAUGGUUUGCUGAUUGAGGCUGGAUGUGCUUGGCGAAAAUUGAACGUCCUGCGAACUCUAGAUGAGUCAACCACAAGCCAUAUGAAGAUGCGCUCAGUUGAAGCUGAACAGAGAACCAAAUCACGCAAGGCAAUUGUUUUAGAUCCUGGGAAUCCAUCAUUAACGAAGCAGUUAGCUCUUUCUGAAGGAAGUCCAUGGAGAAUGUCAAAUAAACAGAAGAAGGAACCUCCACCUAAGAAGCGGAAAGUUGAUCCACCUCCAGUUCCAGUCGGAGGUCCAAAGCCUUCUUUCAGACCAGGGGCUUCUACCCCUACUGUGAAAAAUAGGCUAUCAGCUUCACCGGGACCGUCUCCUAGUAAUCAAUACAAUACCCCUCCAUAUGGGGUUGGGAAUAUUGCUAAAACUCAUACAGCUAACGAGAAUGUCACACCAGUCCAGACAAAGGGCAGAGAGAAGAUGCUUGAAAAAGGACCAUCAACCUGGAAAAAUAAUGCAUUAAGGGACACAUCUGGGCGCGAAGCAACCAAUGUUAAUAAAGAAAGUGACUUGCAGUCACUGCUGGUUGAUAUCCUAAAAGAGGCUCCAAUGAGCUUGAAGGCUUUAGAGAAAGCUGUUGGAGAUAGAAUCCCUUAUGCCGCAAAGAAGAUUGAACCAAUUUUGAAAAAGAUCGCAAAUUUCCAAGCUCCAAGGUAUUUCUUAAAACCAGAAGCAGAGUUGGAAAGCUAUAAAAAACAUUCACCUGAUAACGGAAGUUCACCUGAACACCAACAAUUGCUGCCAAUCACUGAGGGCAGCCGCGAUCAGUUACCUGUUCCAGGGGAAAAUAACAUGGAGAAAAUUUCUUUGUGCGAGCAGAACGGAGAAGGUUCACUAGACUGUUUAGCUGUGCAUCUAGCAGAGCAAUUGAGUACGCAGGAAAAUGUUGACAUUGAGCAUCAUUCACCUGGUCUUUUUCAUGAGGAAAAACGAUCUGAGAAUAGAGAAGGCCAGGCUCGUAGCUCUAGUGAUAGUGACAGUGAUAGUGAUAACAGUGACAGUGGGAGUGACAGUAAAAGUGCAGCUGGAAGUGACAGUGGGAGCAGCAGUGAUAGUGAGGCUUCUUCUAACAGUAAGGACGGUUCUGAUGAGGACGUGGAUAUCAUGAGUGAUGGUGACAGAGAGCCUCUACUGACAAUACAGUCCGCUGAACAGGGUGAAAUUGAUCUCCCAGGUCAUGGUUCUAGUGCAGUUGAAAUCGAGGGUCAUGAUUCUGAUGCUGUUGACAUUGACGGUCAUGAUUCUGAUGCAGUUGAUAUUGAUGGUCAUGGGUCUGAUGCAGUUGAUGUCGAGGGGAACAGUUCAGAUGAGGGUCAUGGUUCUGAAGGUGACAGAAAAAAAUUCUCUGAUAAUAACUGGAAAACAGAAACAACAACUGGUACCACUCCCACUGCAAAUGAAGAAGUUGGCAUUUCAGGGCAGGAACAUUUUGCUUCUGGUCACGACAACCUACGAGAGCGCCAAAAUUUUAUUGGACAGUUGUUUGAUGACACAGAUAAUACAACAAAGGAUAACUUUAAAAAUGACAAACGUGACAUCCCCGAGAGGCUGGCAAAAGACCAGAACCAAAAUGCCCUUGAUUUUGAGCACUACAGUCAGAAAUCAGCACGAGAGAAAAAUAGAAAAUCCCAGAGCUGCAAUCAGUUAUCUGCCGUAAGUAAAGAUUCACAGCGUUCAGAGCUCAAGUAUGAUGCAGAACUUCGCAACGCUUCUGCAAGUCAAACGAUAGAUCCACUUAGAGGACUUCAGAAGUCAUCUAUUGAAAAGUCGAAUAGACAUGAUCAAAUGAAGCCUGUUGAUAGUUCAGGUAAAUCAAACAAACAUUCUGAUGCUUUGGGAAAUGUUCGUAAAUCUGACGAAGGGGACCAUUUUCCGCAUGAAAUGCUUUCUAGUCGGUCAGGAAAGGCCUUCAAGGACAAUCAAAGAGAUGAUGUUCAUUUGAAAAAUAAGUUUCCAAGGAAUAAAAAAGAUGGUGAGUCAGCCAUUCGACCUUCAUUGCCUACCGAGACAUCCGAUAGAAAGCACGGUGAACUGGAUGGAAGUGACAAGGAUCCCAAGAAUGUUUCAGGCUUGAGCAUAGGUUCUUCUCCCUUAGAUAGCCAGAGAACAUAUUUGGCGAAAUUACCUAAGGGAAAUGGAUCUGUCCUCCAAAAACAAGUUUCGGAAUUGGAGUUGGGUGAACUCCCUGAGCCAUUGGGUGAAGAUACAGCAUUGAAGCCACUUGAAGAGAAAACUUCGUUUAGGCAGUCAAAUUUAAAACCAAGCAUUUCAGAGAAAUUGGGUACUGACUCGGAUAAACGAAGGUCUAAAAAAUCCGACUCAAAAAAGUUAGCUCCUCCACAUGCAGUCAAUGGUAUCAAAGACUUGCCCGAACACGUUGUUGAAGAUUCAGAAAGAUCCCAAAAGUGGGCUUUGCAGUCACAUGGGCAGAACCUUACAGGUACAGAUAUUGAAAUCGGCUCACAGAAUAAAAAUUUAGAGGAUGCAGCUUAUAAAUCCAGACAAAAAGAUAGUAGAGCAAAAGUAGGAAACAGUGUGGAAGGUUAUGGAGAAACAAACAAAAAAACGCCUGUUAUAAAGCAUAGCUCGAAACGAGCAUCCACAUCCCGCUCAUCAAGGGAGAGCAAAAGACAUGCGUCUGUCUCAAAUUCUAUCAAUGGACACAAAGAUGCAACUGCAAUACCAGGUGACAGUGUUGUCCGGGAGAAACGAAUGACAUCUUUCGGUGAAGAAGACUCUUCUUAUUUGAAAUACGAGAAAGCUUCUCCUGAGCUUAAGGGACCCAUUAGUGAUCAUUUGCAGUAUAAAGCCUAUAUGCAGGAAUAUAUUGAUAAAUAUGAUAGCUACUGCUCCGUUAACAAGAUAUUAGAGAGCCACAGAAAUGACUUUCAAAAGUUGGGGCAAGACCUUGGGUUUGCAAAAGGAAGGGAUGUGGAGAGAUAUAACAAAAUUGUGGAGCAGAUAAAGGAAUCUUAUUGCAAAUAUGGGGAGGCACAAACGUUUGAAGAAAGUAUUCGUUAUUCUCCACGAAGAAUUGAAGGAACUGAAACAAAGAAUGAGAGACUAUGCAUCAUCUCAUGGAAAAGAUUGAUGGAAACUGGAACCAAAAACUCUCUGGACCUCAUACGCAGAGGUGAAAAGAGGGGGUUUUUGGUGAGUUGGUGGUGGGUGAUGGGGAGUAGUGAUGAGCGAAAUUGUAAGGCGAUUGAUGCGUCGGUAGGAGGUUUGGUUUGGGUCCGACGUCGUAACGGGUCUUGGUGGCCGGGUCGGAUUAUGGCUCAUCACGAGGUUCCUGACGGUACUAUUGUUUCUCCUAAAUCUGGUACUCCUAUCAAGCUUCUAGGUCGUGACGAUGCUAGCGUGGAUUGGUAUAAUCUUGAAAAGUCCAAGAGAGUUAAAGCGUUUCGUUGUGGGGAGUAUGAUGCUUGUAUUGAGACGGCAAGGGCUACUGCAUCGACUACUGGUAAGAAGGCUGUCAAGUAUGCCCGUCGAGAAGAUGCUAUUGCCCAUGCUCUAGAGAUUGAGAGUGCACACCUUGCUAAAGAUAACCCAGAGUGUACUGAGAAGGCUAGUACGCUUGGCGAGGUUCCUAGAAGAUGUCAUUCCAGAAAGGGUAAUGAGGACUCCGGUGAUGUGGCAGAGACGGAAGUUGCAUUGCAAACUAGUAUGUCUUUUAAAAAAACCAACAAUGGCAAAGCUUCUAAGGUGCAGCCUUUGUCAGAGAAGAGAAGAAGAACACCAAAUGACUCGGAAGAUGAUGGGAUUGAAAGAAACAAACGAAUGAGAGGACUUGAGGAUAUUGGAAUGGGUAUAGGAUCCAAAGGAAAAGUACAGGUCAGUGCACUGCACGAGGAUAGACAGGAAAAUGGUUGUAAAAGUGAUACAAAUAUCAAUGAUAUUGUGUCAAAUGGGAGUCUUUCCAAUGGUAGUAGCAGGGAUUGCUCUCCGUCAAUGAAAAGAAAAAGGUCGCCUGUCGUCAAUGCGAAUGACUACUCUAAAAGGAAAAACCGACGAGGGCCACUGACAAAAGUGUUAGAGAGUACAGCUAUGGUGUCUGUCCCUGUUACCGGUGACAAACUUGUCAAUUCUGAUUGUUUGCCUAUUCCAGGGUUUUCUGAAAGCGAUAAUAACUCGGACAGCAAUGAGGUUUUAUCUGAGAAUGUAUCUGUUUCACUAAAUGCUUCUGAAAAUAUUGUUGAAGUGAUCAAUGACAAGGGGAAAGAGAGUGAAGUCUCCAACAUAUCAGUUUUGGCAAAGAAUGCCUCAUCCAAAGGAUUAUUUGAUGUUCCACUUAAUGGAGAUGAAAAAUACCCUGCAGGUACUUUGACGGCGCCUUUCACAUCUUCUUCACCCAAGAAGGCUCUUGUUUCUGGACCGACGAGAUGGUUUGGUCAGAGUAGCCAUGAUGAUGUGGUGAAAAACGAAGGAAGUAAUGGAUCUCUUAGUACAAGUCCAGCAGCUACACUUUUCAAUGGGAUUGAGAAGAGCACUUCAAAAUGGCAGCUAAAAGGGAAAAGGAAUUCAAGGCAGAUGAGUAAAAAACAAGAAGAAAGAAGAAAUGCUUACGCGGAAGAAGCCAACAACAAAUCUUUACCUCAUUGGUCUGUCUCUGAUCAAAAGCCACAGGGUCUUUUCAGCGUUGGCACUCAAGCUAUGGGAAGAAAUUCUGAACUGUAUGACGUGAAGAUCGAGGUAAAAGCUAACUAUAAACCCCGUAAUGUUCCGCUGAUUUCCCUUAGGAGUAAACUGAAUGGUGAAGCUAUUGUCGGGCAUCCUUCAGCGGUUGAAGUGCUUGAAGAUGGAUCAUGUGGCCACAUUGUGAGUAGUCAUAUAAUUGAUGAUGUGAAGCCAAAACCAUCAUCAAAAAAGAAAUUUAAGAAAAAGAAACCACAUACUCCUCCACAGACAUCAAAGCCAAAGAAAUCUCCAUCUCUAGCCAUAAAGACAAGGUGUCUCUCCGCUCUAAGUGGCCAGAAGCUGACAGUAAGCAGCAAGAAAAAGGUAAUGAUAGAGAAGACAAAAGGACGGAUUGUAGCGUGCAUCCCUCUGAAAGUAGUCUUCAGUAGGAUAAACGAAGCAGUGAAGGGCUCAGCGAGACAAGUUCACCGAUCAUUACCAUCUGCAGGCAAUACAGGAUGAGAUGAGUUUGGUCUCUGUUCUAUGUCCUGCCAUUUGUUUCCUACGAUCAUUUACCUCGGUUUAAGCAUUCACCGAGAUUAAAUUACCCGGUUUUAGAGGGUGAUGGAUGGUUUUUCUGUACAAUACAGAGAUAUAUAGGCC